UGAAGAUACACCACCCAAAGGCAUGGAAGGGGGGAUACGACUUCCUUAUGGCGGCGAGUUUAGGAAGCUUGUCAAGGCCCUCGAGGGCAAGGACGAGCCCGUCAGACUUCGACAGCUUCUCGUCGGGGCGCGUUCAGCCGCAACUGGAGAAGACGCCAACGAGGCUCAAGAACGCGACUGUAGCUGGGCGGCAGAGAUUCUGCGCGAACUGGCCAUUAUCGACUUGAAACCUCCGGAUCCUUCGCGCUUGUCCGAACCGGUGCUCGUUCGGGGAGCAGACAUGGUGACGGCCAUUAGUGAUAGUUUGAUCGACCAAGAAGUCCGCCAUCGGUUUCUCCUCACCAACUCGUCGUACGAACUGCAUCCAGGGCUCCUCCGGCUCUUUGCCUAUGUCCUGCAUCCCGAAAUGGUCGACUGCUUCAAGAACCACUACCUGCGGGUAUCCAGGUUUGGGCUGCGAACAACAGACGUCACAGCUAUCGUGCACAUCACGCUGCGGAGCUGGGCGAGGAAGGAGGAUCCUACGUCAUUCGACGCGCGCAAAGAAGACGAUAAGAUCCGCCUCCCCGCCAACCUGGAGAAGAGCUGGAAGUUGAAGGAGAAAGCAAGACUCCGGAAGGAGAAGGGAAAGUCAGUCCAGAACAACAACCCCAAGCCUGACGUCCCUCGAGAUUUAGAGGGCGGUGGUUCCGAGAAACCGCCAGAGAUGGAGCUCCGGGUAUCGUCGAUCGGCAUGUCGACCAACGAGUUUGGUGACUUUAGCAAGUGCUCCGUCGUCACAGACCUGAUCCACCCAAACGACAUUGCCGCACUUGGCAGGCAGGCGCAAGAGAUUUGGAACGGCUUCGUGCACCAACCGCAAACAGGCCGCUUUCUCGUCUUUUCUCGUGUGCUUGGCCUCCUUUGUAAAGGCAUUGUGACACACUAUCAGGAGGCGCUGCUCGAGUUCGUAGCCAAGAUGCAACUGGAACAGGAGUUGCCGACUUAUCUCAAAGACCCCGGGGAGCUCCGAAACGGCGACGCCGAUGCCGAGCUGCGGCUGAGUUUGUGGAGUCUCGAGGCGCUAUAUAAGAUGAGCAACACGCUUGCGAUGUCGGUCAAGGCAAUUGAGGAGGCGAUUGAGGACGUGAAGAGGGAGGUUCAAAAGGGCCCGGGAGAGAGGAGCCAAGAACUAGAAAACAUGUGCCGCGCCCACAUCGAGAUGUUGGAGAGGAGCUUUUCGGAUCUCACGGCGAUUCAGUCAAGACUCGAGCGGAAGGUGGAAUUAAAUUCGCGGUACUCUAGCGCGCUCUCGGACGUGCUUGCGCUACGUGCCAGCUACGACUCGUACAGGCAGAACAGCACCAUCGAGAGGCUUACCUAUGUCACUAUCGGGUGUCUCCCGCUUGGGCUUGCAGCAGCACUGUUCGCUGUCCCAAAAGAGCAAUCUGUCAUGGUGGACAACAUGGGUCCAGGCUGGUUUACGGGGAUUGUCUUUGCGUUCUUUCUCGUGAUAUUCGUGAUCGCGUAUUUCCUGGGCAAGAUUUUGGGUGGACUGCGGGCCGCCGAGCAGGCCGUGAAGCGAUGGUGGAGGGACGGAGUGCUUUAAAGGCUGUUCGUUGAUGUCAAGCACAGGGUGCUGGCAUGACUUUUGGCGAGGACCAUUGCUAUUGUCAAGCUGAAGUGGUGGUGGCCUCAAUGUAGUGUGUAACAUGCGAUGUAACAUUGAACACGGUUGAUUGUAGAUUAUCAUCGGC